AUGAGUUCAUGCAAUUAAUAAUUAGGGGGAUAAGAAUUGUGUAAUAAAUCAGUUGUUAAUUAAAAAUUAUGUGGAUACAAUUUCUCUAAUAAUACUUGCGAGUCCCGAAAAUGCGAACAUUUAACUUAUUCAAAUUAUUCUGUCAUAACAGAUAAAAUUUGUAAUGAUUGGAGAUAUGAUUGCAUCCUUGAUAGUCUUGGUUGUACAACUUACACAGGAAAUUGCACAUUAAUAAAAUUAAUUCAUUAAUGUUAUUAAUAUUAAUGCUUUUGGUAAGUUGGUAAAUGUGUAAAUUUUGUUGAUUGCCAAAUAAAUACUACAGCUAUUACAAAUUACGAAUGUCUCUUAGAAAAUGCUGAUUAUUGCAGAUUGAAUUAUACUAAAGGCAUAGGAUGCGCUUUUUAUGAUUGUAGUUCUAUUUAAAAUUAAAUAAUAUGUAAUUAGUCAAAUCUUGUUGAUGGAUAAAAUUGUAUCUGGAUAAAUAAUAAAUGUAAUUUUAAAUUAUGUUCCGACUAUCCUACAUAAUUUGACUGUGAGAAUAGUUAUGGUUAGGGUUGGUCCUCCAAAAUAAUAAAUAAAUAAUUUUGGUGUGAACAUUAAAUUGUAAAAUGUUCUAAUAACAAAUUUUGUAUUGGAAAUGCUGAUUUCCCUAAAUCGCAUUCAGAUUGCAACAAUAGACUUUUUACUACUACCAUUUCUUUUUAAACUGACCAAAAAUGUAUAAAAAAACAAUAGCUUUGUUCAGACUACACCUACAAAGAUGCUUGUGUAAGUAGAAUCGAUGGAAUGAAAUGUCAUUGGAGUUCUAAUACUUGUAUAAAUAUCUGUGAAGCAGCAAACUUCAAUCCUUCUACAAACUUAGAUUGUUUUAUUUGGCAUUCUGAUUGUAUGUCAGAUGCAGUCAACUCAUGCUAAAUCUUAGAUUGUAAUGGUUUAACAACUAUUGAAGAUUGUACAAUUUUUAUAGCUUAAUGUUUUUGGAAUGGUGCAAACUGCCAAAAAAUUUUGGAUUGUAGCAAUUAUUCUAAUUCCAUCUUGUGUUUAGAUACAAAAAAUUCAAAAGGAAUUCCAUGUUUUUGGGAUGGUACAUAAUGUAAAGAAAAAACUUGUUAAAAUAAACCUACUGCAUCAUCCUCUAACUCAGAUUGUAGUAAUUGGCUUUUCAAUUGUUAUUUUAAUAUUAAUAAUAAUUCAUGUAUUGAAGAUUGCAAUUCUGCAAGUACUUCAAAUAUCACUCAUGAUUAAUGUGAAUCUUAUUAUCUUAGCAAAAGUUGCACUCUUAAACUGGAUGUAAUUUAAUGCGUUGACCUACCUGCUUCAUGUGAUCUAGCAAAAUAAACAUAAUGUUUUUUAGAUAGUUAUGGAAACAAAUGCUACUUUUAGAAGUCUUAAAAUAGAUGUAUAAUUUUAACUUGUUAAAACUUGGAGUCAAAUUUUACAAGCCACGAACAAUGUAACUAAAUAUUAAAUGAGUGUACGGUUAAUUCAACUAAGAAUGGAUGCUAAAAAUUAGAUAAUUGUAGUAGUUAUCUAAUCUAAGAAUAAUGUUAUUUAGAUUAAAAUAAUAUUGAAUGUGAAUGGAUACACAAUCAAAAUAAAUGUACCUUUAAGUAAUGCUCUUUUGCAUAAUUAAUUUAAUAUUCAGCAUUUAAUUGCCAUUAGUAUUUUGGAGAUUAGUGCACUGUUAAUAAAAAUGUUGAUGGAUGUGAAACUGGAUAAACAUUCUGUAGAGAUUACAAUUAUGUAUAAUGUAUAAGUGAUGGAUAAAUGAACUUAAGAGGAAUAAAUUGUUUUUGGGAUGAUCAGAAAAGUAGUUGUUUAGAACGGAUAUGUGAAAAUGGACCUUCAGCUGCCUCAUCUCAUACUGAAUGUGCUUUGUUCCUAUCUACUUGUUAAAAAGGUGGUUGUCGUGAAAAAGGAUGCUUUGAUUACAAUUAUGCAUCAGAUCCAGCUUGUGCAUCGAUAUUUGAAGACAAAAGAUGUGUAACAAAUGGAUAUUAAUGUGUUUUAAGAAAAGCAUGUGAGGAUAUAAAUAUAAUUGAUGGAUGUACAUUUGAUAUUAAUUUAAAUCCUUGUAUUUGGAUUGAUGAAAAAUGUUAUACUAAAACCUGCCAAACUGCAUAAGUUUCUCUUACUAAAUAUGAAGAUUGUAAUUCAUAUUUACCAUUUUGUACAGUAAAAUUAGAUGGAGGAUGUAUUAGAAAGCAGAACUGUGAAGACUAUUUAUUUUAAGAGGCUUGCAAUACAGAUAGUGAGAAUUUUGAAUGCAUUUGGGAUGUUCUUCUUAAUAAAUGCUUUUCAAAUUAAUGUAUCCCAUUCUGUGGUGAUGGUAUAGUUUCAGGAUAUGAUGAAUAAUGUGAUGAUGGUAAUUAUUUACCAUAUGAUGGUUGCUAUAAAUGUAAAGUUCAUUGCCCAUUAGGAUGCCAUAUUUGUGAUGGUAUGCAGUGUAAGGAAUGUUAGAAAACAGGAUGGUAAUUGGUUGAAGGAAUUUGUACUUCUGAAUGCGGUGAUGGAUAUCUAGUGGGAAAUGAACUAUGUGAUGAUGGAAAUAAUAUUCCAUUUGAUGGUUGUUAUUAAUGCACUUAUUCAUGCCACUAAAAAUGUAUUGAUUGUUUUCAAGGGCAAUGUAUGUAAUGCGAAACUGGUUAUGUAGAAGAUGGGUCUUUAUGUAAAAGUGUUUGUGGUGAUGGAUACUUAGUUGAAUAAUUAGAAUAAUGUGACGAUGGGAACCUUUAAAAUAAUGAUGGAUGCAAUGAUAUUUGUGAAGUUGAAAAUAAUUGGAAAUGCUUAACAUAAUAUACAAUUAGUUCUUGCACUUAUGCAAUUCUACCCUAUAUUCUCCUGACCAAAUUGUCUAAAACUGAUACAAGUAUUUAAGAGUUCAAAUUAUCAUUUUCUGAACCUGUGAGUUUAAAUCAAUAAGGCAUUAACCAAGAAUAAUUUCUUCAGUUGAUUAUAAUCCAAAUAACAAAUCAUAAUGCUCUCUAUGAUGUUGAAAUCAAACCAAUAAUCGCUAUCAAUUCAGAAUUGUCAGAUGUAGCCUAUAAAAUAAUUGUCAAUUUCAAGUCUAAUGUUCAAAAUCCUGUUUUAUAAGUUGAAAUAAAAAGUGAUAAUAUAGUAAAUAUUUUUGGCAAUAAAUUGCUCUCAAACAAAGCUACUUUGAAAUUUAGGUCCCCUUAUAAAAUGUCAGCUGAUUAAAAGUUGCUUAUUUCUAAAACUUCAGUGCUGAGCAAAAUAAUGUUGUAUUCUAUAAUUAGUAUAAGUGGGAUUUCUUUUGCAUUUGGUAAUUUAGAAAUUUUAUGGAAUGUUCUUGAUAUGCUUUAAUAAUUAUCAUAUAUGAAAUUUCAUAAUAUUGUAUUUCCAGAAAACUUACAAAUUUAUUUUGAAAUUUUUAACAUUGGCUCCUUUACUCCAAUAGUAGAUAAAUUAUUAAUAAAUCAAAAAUUUGAAAAUUUGUUUAACUUUUAAACUCCAGUUAUUUAAGCUAAAUGGAAAUUUGAAUACUAUAAAAUAGAUUGUUUCUAUUUAUAAUACUUUGAAACAUUUUUAGUUAUGCUAAUAUUGGGAUAUAUUUAUUUCAUAAUCUCCUACUUAAUUUAUAAAUUUCUCAUUUUUUGCAAAUAUUAAAACUUGCCAACAAUUUACCAAAGAGACUCUUUAUUAAAAGUAGUGAAAUUUUUUUUUUUCAUUUAAACAGUUUGCCGAAAAUAUUAUUAAUAUUUUAUUUACUCUGGAUUAAUUAGAAUUUAUACAUCUAACUUUUAUGAGAUGACCUAUGCAUCUAUUUUAUAAAUAGUGAAUUUUAAUUCUGAGAACACUUUAAACACAACUAUAUCAUAUUUAGCUCUAUUUACAUUAAUAUGUAAUAUAUUCAUUAUAUUCUCUAUCUAUUGUUAUUUAAGUUCUAAUAAUAAAGUUACUAAAAAUAUAUCAGUUUUUGUGUAGGGAGUAAACCAUAAAAAAAAAUAAGGUGCUAAAUAAUAUUUUACAAUAUUGUUAAUUAAAAAAACUAUAUUCAUUAUCAAUUUAGUUGUUUUUUAAGGUCUGAUGGGUUAUUAAAGUCUAAUUACGGCUUGUAUAUCUGGAGUAUUCUCCUGUUAUUUUUUAGUCUAUUAACCUUUUGAGAACCAUUUUGAGAAUAUCAAAACAACGAUAACAGAAGUAUUAAUUAUGGUGAAUACUCUAAUCUUUUCUGUCUAUGAAAUUCUUUAAUUGAAUCAAAAUAGAGAGUUAGCUGAACAUAUUGGUUGGAUUAAUAUAAGUUGUUUCACACUUAUUCUUAUUUCAAAUUUGGUAAUAGAUAUACUCCAAUAGUUUUUAAGAUAUAGGGAGGCAGUGAUUGAUAAAGUCAAAAUCUGUUUAAGAAUGCAUGGAAAGGAACCGAAAAAAUAAAUAGCCUUAUUUUUCUGA